AUGGAACAAAACCAAAUUCUAGUCUCAAUCCGGGGCUGGGAAGACAAAAGGACAGCAGUCCAAAAGCCAGAGGAAAGGGAAAGAGAAAGCUCAGAACCAUCCUCGGCUUCCGAGCUGAAGAAAGAAAAAACCCCAUUUGAGGGGAAAUACGAAUCAUACACUCCUCUCGCCCUUCCACGUACUAAGAUCUACAGCAUAACAAAGGACGAGCAGAAGUACAAGAAGCUGAGGCCACUGCCAUUGUGGCAUCAGCAGAAAAACAAGGACCGAUGGUGUAAAUUCCAUGAAUCUCCUGGACAUCACACCGAGGACUGUAUCCAGGUGAGGGAUCAAAUUGAGGACAUGGUCCGAAAAGGUUACUUGAAAAAAUAUCUCGCGGAUCGCUGCGAAGUAAAAAAAGCCGAGAAAGAUUCUCAGCAAGAACUGGAUUUCCCCCGUAAAAAAGACAAGUUGCAGGACAAAGACAAUCCUGACAUCCUUGUCAUUUCCGGAGGAACAAGCUCUCGGAAAGCACGAAAACGUCAUUUGAGGGGCUUAACCCAUCAAGUGAACCGAGCACCCCAGUCUCUGGUGCCAAACUUUACGUUCACAAUCGAAGACUUCCGGGGGGUGGUAUACCCCCAAGAUGACCCUCUAGUAAUCGUCACAGGGAUCGCAAACCACAACGUCUAG